GCGCCGGUCGGCCACCAAGCAAGAUCUUACUUUUUACCUCGGAGCCGCACAGACUCUCGCCACAUCCCAAGAACCAGAGCGGCGAGCCUCGUGGAGCUCAGCUCGAGCAUGGACACCAAGCAUGCGGAUUCGCUCGACGAGCGUGACGUCGUCGUCGUCGACGCCGGCUGCGUCCGCGCCGUGCUGGGGGAGCUGGUCCUCACCUUCCUCUUCGUCUUCACCGGAGUCGCCGCCGCCAUGGCCGCCGGGGUGCCGGAGCUGCAGGGCGCGGCUAUGCCGAUGGCGACGCUGGCCGGGGUUGCCCUCGCGCAGGCGCUGGCGGCGGGGGUGCUGGUGACGGCGGGGUUCCAUGUGUCGGGCGGGCACCUCAACCCGGCGGUGACGGUGGCGCUGCUGGCGCGCGGGCACAUCACGGCGUUCAGGGCGGUGCUGUACGUGGCGGCCCAGCUGCUGGCCUCCUCCCUCGCCUGCAUCCUCCUCCGCUACCUCUCCGGCGGCCAGGCCACUCCGGUUCCGGUGCACACCCUGGGCACAGGCAUAGGCCCCAUGCAAGGGCUGGUCAUGGAGAUCAUCCUCACCUUCUCCCUCCUCUUUGUGGUGUACGCGACCAUCCUCGACCCGCGGACCACGGUGCCCGGCUACGGACCGAUGCUCACCGGCCUCAUCGUCGGUGCCAACACCAUUGCCGGCGGCAAUUUCUCCGGCGCUUCCAUGAACCCCGCCCGGUCCUUCGGGCCCGCGUUGGCCACUGGAGUGUGGACCAACCAUUGGGUCUACUGGGUCGGCCCGCUGGUCGGUGGCCCCCUCGCCGGGUUCGUCUAUGAGACAGUGUUUAUGGUGACGAAGACGCAUGAGCCUCUACUUGGUUGGGACUUUUAGAAAAGCAGGUUGCUCGCAUACUUGCAUUUACAUUUUGCGAUGUAUAAUGGUAUGUAUAAGACAAUCGAUGUCGCUGAUAGAUUUUUCAGGCGAAGUGAUUCUAGGUAGGGUGUCAGAAAUGGUUUGUACGGAGCUACUACAAUGCUGUGUAAAUAUAUUUGUUUGGAAGAUGUGAAUUUCAACCCA